UACAUGACCCAUAUGAGGCGAAGAGAGGGAGCGCGUGAGAUGCUGCGCUGGAUGCGGCGGAUGCUGAGGAUGCUGUGGCGGUGCUGAUGCUGGUAGAGGGAGUGUCUAUUCCACGCGUGGAAUAUUAUUGCUCUGCCAUCGCGCUCCGUCCAUAAGGGAAGCGCCCGAGGAGAAUCGGAAGAAACCGAAGCCCACACCGAAAAGUCCCAACUUCAAAAACUAAGGUGGACGAGUUUGGUUUGACGGCUUAUCAAGGGCACGGCGUCAUCGAGAUUCUGAAGUGGACGGUCAGGGGCGAUGACGGUGCCCUCGGCCCAUGAGUUUCACUGGCAGAGCCUGGCUUCUCUCUCCAGUGCCCGCGUGUAUCACUCGUUGGCUGACGUCGGGGGGCAGCUGUAUAUGGUAGGGGGUUGCGAUGGUUCGGCUCGACCCACCAGUGCGCUUGAACGCUACUCCCCAGAGGUAGACCGUUGGAUAAGUCUUUCUUCAAUGCCCACGCCGAGAGCAGGGGCAGCGGUCGCUGUCCUGGGCAAGCAGCUCCUGGUGGUGGGUGGAAUGGGAAAGGACCAGCGCCCCCUAAAGGCCGUUGAGGUGUACAACACAGAUGAAGGCAAAUGGAGGAAGAGGUGCUCACUCAGAGAAGCAUCCAUGGGGCUUGCGGUCACUGUUAGAGACGGCCGAGCUCUUGCUGUUGGGGGAAUGGGAGCCGACCUCCUGCCCAGAAGUGUUCUCCAGCAGUAUGACCUUCGCAAGGACGUGUGGGCGCUCCUCCCGCCCAUGCCCACCCCUCGCUACGACACAAGCGUCUGCCUACUGGGCUCCAAGAUUUACGUGGCAGGUGGACGGCAGUGCAAGCGUUUGGUGAAAGCUUUUGAGGUCUUUGACAUCGAAACCCGGAGCUGGUCUUCCCUACCCAGCCUGCCUUGCAAAAGAUCUUAUUCUGGGGUGUUGUGGGACAGCGCAGGACGACUCUGCUGGUUAGGAGGCCUCAGACAAGGAGGAAUACACCAAAGUUCUAAGUUUACCAAGAAUGUAAACAUCUUCGACACCAACCAAGGAUUGUGGUUGAAAUCAGAAGACACCGUAUCCUUAAAAACCAAGCGAGCAGACUUUGCCGCUGCGAUGGUGCGAGGUAGAAUGAUUGUUGCAGGGGGUCUAGGUCACCAGCCCUCAGUGCUGGACACUGUGGAAGCGUUCCACCCCGACAAGAGAAAGUGGGAGAGGCUGUCGCCCAUGGCAACCCCUCGUUGCUCUGCUUCCAGCAUCGUGAUCCGGGAUCGCCUACUGGUUGUGGGAGGUGUCAAUCAAGUUCCGACCUCCGCCCAUGAGAUUCUAUACGUUAAAGAGGAGGAGCUUAUUUAAUCACCGGAUGUUUGGAUUUACAGUAAAAUGUUUCCUUCAAUGAUCAACAAACAUAAAUUAUUACACAGAGGCCAGAAACAUACUCAAGGAUGCAAGCGCAGACGCAAAUGCAUGACCAUUGUAUUGCAAGCCUGCUGUCUUGUGUGUUUUUCGUUAAAGUACCCAAAAAUACCAAAGGGGGUGCUAGAGUUACCUUCGUUUUUAUAAUUCAGGUACAUGGAGUAGCUAGAAAUAUUGAACUAACUUGCUCGGCAAGAUACAUGACAGCAUUUUAACUAAAAGAGAAAACUGAGUAUAGUGUAGUUAGCGAAUACACUAAUGUUCAGCUUGUGUUAAAAAAUGCAAAUUAUUUGAACGUUUUUGCGUAGCUAAAAACAUUUCCAUUCAUUUACUUGCAUGGAGUAUGUUUCAGGCCUAAUGUCUGUACAAUAAAAUUUUCUCGUGCUAGACUGUUUGAAUGGAUAAGCUACACUACCGUAAGAUACAUAAGCACACCGUUGGAAACAAAACAGCUGUAUUUGAGUUUCAGAAGCUUAUGUUUAUGCCAUUUUUACAAGAUGCACAGUGACAAUCUGCUUCGUAAAGCCAACAAGCCCAACCACCCACAAGCUAAGAACAUUAUGCACAAAUAUAGCCAGACACACUUCGGAAAGAGAUUAAACGUGUUUUAAAAUAAACUGAUUCAGUUUGCUCUCUAUAGCGGUCUCUGUUGAGAUAAUUUUGAGUGUUUACAGAGUUCUUAGUGUUAUUGUAUAGUAUUGCAGCAGAAGUUCUAUUAAUAAAGUGAAGUUUUAACUUUAUAUUCAUUGUGCACACCUCCCGAGGUUUAGACUGGUUUGGAACCUGAACAGUGGAGUUUGGUUUUUGUAUGAUGAAUAUUUUUGCUUAUUUUCGCCAGGUCUUGUUAGUUUGAUCUAAACUUGGCACUGCUGUAGCACACACAUGCAAUUUUUUUCUAAAAAAUGUUUACAGGGGUUUUAGCAAUUUAUGGUAGCAUAUACUGUACAUUGUGUCUUUAAACCUUAUGGAAUCAAUACAGGACUUUGUGUAGUCCAUGCCUGUUGUGUAGUCAUGCAUAUUACAAUUUACAAUCACUCUCUUCUGACGAAACAUAUCAGAUAUUUAUAAACGAUUUGCAAAAGCAAGAAGUUACGGGGAAGCUUAAUUUUAACACUAUUAUGAUUGUUUGUGUUCAUGGUUGAAGAAGUCACGGAUUUUCCAGACAUAAACUGGCUUCGACAAUCUAAAAUGUCACACCCAAAGAAAUCUUCACAUGUAAAAGGCUUCCAUGAGGUCUUUAAUGAUAAACAAUAUUGUUAGUAAAGAGUUCAGAUAUGCAGUAUUUUGACAAAGUUUAGAAAGUCUUUAGAAAAGUAAAGAUAGCUUUGGCCAAGGUAUGUAUUGAGUUUUGUUAUAUAAAUUAUGUUUAUUGCUUCUUACUGUAUAAUAUUAUAAUGUUUACACUUGUAUUUAUUGGACAGCAGUUCAAUGUGUCUUGGGAAGCCCAUAGCAAUAAAGU